AUGAUGUCCUUCUUGUGGCCAUGGUCCUCCAGUGCGACUGGGGACCACGAAAACGACGAAAAUCCCAGCGAAAAUACACCUUUACAUCCUUCAGCUUCAGACUCCAAUUUGGAAGAUAUUCCUGAACCUCAGAUUGAUUUCUUGGAGGAUGACGAAAAAGAGAUGACAAUGGGUCGAAGGCUUGCUCUGAAGUUUAUGGACAAAAGCUGGUACAAUCCGCAAGCGAAGGAUAAGACGUCGACUAGAUACGAUCUUGAUGUGCCAAACAGAAUGCGAUCAGAAGAUUUGGGACCACCUAGUCUAGAAAAGGCAUGGGCAUAUUUUGAGCAUUUCUCAUUGAAUCGAUAUAUCAGUGACGAUAGUGCAGGAAUACAGAAUGGCAAAAAAUCAGAACCCGGACACAACCAAUUGAAUACAAAACUAUAUCAUCCAAUUACUACUCCUCAUAAAGAUCUCGGAGAUUUCGGUUUGGGGGUUGGUUUGUACUUUUCCAUUCUUCGCUAUGUGAGCAUCCUUACUUUGAUUUGUGGGCUGAUUAGCAUUGGAAACAUUCGAUUCUUUGAUAGCGAUUACUACUUGCCAGAAAGCUAUCGAUCACAUCUUCCAAUCUCGCUUCGGGGUUCUGCUACUUGCACCAAAACAUCAUGGGUCCCCUGUACCAAUUGCGAAUGUGUUCCGGAGGGCAUACGAUUGACAGCAGAAGAGCUCAGAAAUAGUCCGUACUUGCCAGCUGCACGAUGCAAAGUCGAAAAUAAUGUGACCCACGCACUGCGAAACGAAUGUGGAGAAAUUCCUUUACGAGUGGGACUCACGCACCUAACCACCGUGGUUGUCUUUCUCGUGGCACUGUUCUCUUUGGGCAAGUUCAUCGUCCAUGAGACGAACUAUUUUGAUGAAGAUGAGCAAACUGCACAAGACUAUUCAAUUCGCAUAUCGAAUCCACCAAAGACGGCAAUUGAUCCAGAUCAAUGGUAUGACUUCUUUUAUAAAAACUUCAAUGCCAAGGCUGCGGUUGUAACAUGUGCGGUGGAAAACGAUCUUCUGAUUAAAACUUUGGUGGAACGCCGAGAAUGCACCCGCUUGAUUGAAAUGGCACUCGGUCCAGAGGAGUCUACAGAGGACAACAAUCUCGCCAAGAUAGCAGCGAAAAUAGAGAGAGAUCGUAACGCCUUGGAUAGAUGGAUAGCUCGUAUCUCAGCUGGAAUGCCCGAACUUUAUUCUCGGCUCGUGACACUGGAUGCCAAAGUGAAGGGCCUAGCCCAGCUGGACUAUCAUGUCACCAAUGUAUUUGUAACAUUCGAGACUGAAGAAGAUCAGCGACGUGUCUUGAGCGAACUGUCGGUUGGCUUCUGGCAAUCACAAAUUAACGACAGAAAGGCGGUUCCAAAAGAGUAUCUAUUUGAUGGGGAGCGUGUAUUGUAUGUUUCGGAACCAGAUGAACCCAGCGCGAUUCGUUGGCAGGAUCUGAACGUAUCGUACCUCAAGGUUGUCAAGCUUAUGAUAUUCUCCCAUAUGCUUUCGCUGAUUUCGAUUGUGGCAGUAUUUUUUUUUAUUCGCUAUGUCGAUAGCCAUUUCAGCUCCGUCAAGGUUGUGUCCUACACAAUUUCUAUCAUCAACAGCUUGUUUCCGUAUGUUGCUGAGGCCUUGACUGGGAUAGAGCAGUACCCUGCAGCAGGGGCCGUGGAGACAUCACUCUUCUUUAAAAUCGCAAUGUUCACGUCAAUCAAUACAGCGAUUGUGCUUACGAUGAUCACCCCAUUCACUGCGACUCUUGAUGACAAUCAGGAUGGAAUCAUCUACAAGGUCUCCUACUUGUUCUGGUCCGAGAUUGUGACCACCACUCUUCUCCAGCUAGCUGAUGUUUCGGGUCACAUCAAGCGACAUGUACUUGCCCCACGUGCCAAGACACAAGAUGCUAUGAACUUGAUGUUUCAAGGAACUGUAUGGAGAUUGGCGGAACGUUACACAAACUUGAUAAAGUUCGUCUUGUUAUGUGUGUGGUUCUGUUCAAUCUUCCCAGCAGCCUUCUUCUUAUGUUCUAUAUCUCUUGGGCUGAAGUAUUACUUGGAUCGCUUUAGUCUCAUGAGGACGUGGCAACGGGCACCUCACUUUGGAACAAGAGUCGCACGGGCUAGUCACGCAUUCUUUUUCCCCUUGAUAGUGGUCGCCAUGGUGGUAAUGGGAACCGUCUAUUGGAACGGCUUCCCGUAUGACAACAUUUGCCCAGCUAAUGUGGAGAAGGGGAAAUAUAAGUACUGCUAUCAGGACUUUCGACAUGCAGUAAGGGCCCAUGAAUACAUGGACGCGAGCCAACGCACCACUGAACGAAUCUUUGAGUUGGCAUCUACUAUCAUUUUCCUUAUCGUUUCAGUAAAAAUGAUCUGGCAAGUUCUAAGUGGGUAUAAGGCUCUCUACAGUAGCGUCUACCAGCCAGUUGGAGCUCACAAAACGAUCCCAUUCAGCGAUUUGCACAUCCGUAGUGCAUAUAUCCCAGGAGUUGUGUCCCCUUUGUUCGCCUUUCCUUUGAUUGCCUGUCACACUGAGUCCAUUGACGCGGAGCUAUUUGACUGGCGGGACCCAGAUCAUCCACAUUCGUUUUAUGACCUUUCUGAUGAUGCUGACAAGCUACUGAAGCAUUCUGCACUAAGCGAUCGGGGAUUUUCUCAUAUCAAGUGCUUCAAACGAAGAAAUAGUCUCUACCGGUACAAUUCGAACGAUAUAGUCCGCGAACGAUCUUCCAGUGAUUCCAGCUUUGAAGAUUGGUAUUAA